CCGGCGCCCCGGAGCUGCCGGAGAGUGUCCCCCCGGCCGGGCCGGCGCUGCGUUUCCCCGGAGGCAGCCGCCCGCGCGCCGCCGCUCCGAGCGCGCCGGAGCCCGCGUUCCCGGCGACAGCGGCUUCGUGGAUGCUGAAGGCUGCGCCCCAGCGGCGCGGGAGGCGCAGCGGCAAUGGGUGCCUUCGAAGUGUGGCUCGGGGUGGCCCUCGCACUGGCGGGAUUUGCAGCAUUGCCUCAGCAUUCCGAAGGUGCUUGUGUCUAUCAGGGUUCCUUGUUGGCGGAUGCCACAACUUGGAAGCCUGAUUCAUGCCAGAACUGCCGUUGCCAUGGCAACAUCGUUAUCUGCAAACCCGCUGUUUGCAGAAACCCUCGGUGUGCCUUUGAGAAGGGAGAAGUGCUUCAAAUAGCGGCCAACCAGUGCUGCCCUGAGUGCGUGUUGAGGACUCCCGGAUCUUGCCGCCAUGAAGAGAAAAUCUAUGCGCAUGGGACAGAGUGGACCUCCUCCCCGUGCAGCGUGUGCUCUUGUACUCAUGGGCAAGUCCGCUGCAGCCCCCAGCCUUGCCCACUGCUGUCGUGCGGACAGCAGGAGCUGGAGUUCAUCCCGGAAGGAAGCUGCUGCCCAGUGUGUGUGGGCCCUGGGAAACCUUGUUCCUAUGAAGGCCAUGUAUUUCAGGAUGGGGAAGACUGGCCUUUGAGUCGGUGUGCCAAAUGUGUGUGUAGAAAUGGGGUCGUCCAGUGCUUCACAGCUCAGUGUCAACCUCUGUUUUGUAACCAGGAUGAAACUGUAGUCCGAGUUCCUGGAAAAUGUUGCCCACAGUGCUCUUCCGGAUCCUGCUCUGCAUCUGGCCAAGUGUACGAGCAUGGUGAGCAGUGGAAUGAAAACGCCUGUACCACGUGUGUAUGUGACGAGGGUGAGGUCCGGUGCCACAAACAGGCCUGCCCUCCGCUAAGAUGUGAAAAGGGUCAGAGCAGGGCUCGGCGUCACGGGGAAUGCUGUGAGGAAUGCGUGUCUCCUGCGGGAAGCUGCUCGCAGGACGGGAUUGUGCGCUACCAGGAUGAAAUGUGGAAGGGCUCGGCCUGCGAGUUCUGCGUGUGUGACCGUGGCCAGGUGACCUGCCAGACUGGGGAGUGUGCCAGAGUGGAGUGCGCCCAGGGCGAAGAAUUAAUUCACUUAGAUGGAAAAUGCUGCCCUGAAUGCAUUUCGAAGAAUGGUUACUGUGUUCAUGAAGAAAAUGCAGGAUUCAUGUCCUCAAAUGCAAGUAAAGUUAAGCAUAUUCCAGAGGGGGAGAAGUGGGAGGAUGGCCCUUGCAAGCUGUGUGAGUGCCGGGCCUCUCAGGUCACUUGCUACGAACCCUCUUGUUCACCGUGUCCAGUGGCCACACUAGCCCAGGUGGUGACGGGACGGUGCUGUCCAGAUUGUACGUCAGUUCAUUGCCACCCAGACUGCCUGACCUGCUCUCGAUCUCCGGAGCACUGUGACCUCUGUCAGGACCCCACGAAGUUGCUGCGGAAUGGACAAUGUGUACACAGCUGUGGUCUGGGAUUUUACCAAGCUGGUGCUCUCUGUUUAGCCUGCCAGCCUCAGUGCUCCACGUGCACCAGCGGGCUGGAAUGCUCGUCCUGCCAGCCUCCGCUGCUGAUGCGGCGCGGCCAGUGUGUGUCCUCCUGCGGGGACGGCUUCUUCCAGGACCGCCACUCCUGUGCAGUCUGCCACGAGUCCUGUGCCGCCUGCUGGGGUCCGACGGAGAAGCACUGCUUGGCCUGCAGAGAUCCCCUCCGCGUGCUGAGGGAGGGCGUCUGCGAGAGCAGCUGUGGCCUCGGGUUCUACAACCGGCAGGGGAUCUGCAGCCCUUGUGACCAAUCCUGUAAGAGUUGUGGUCCCAGUAGUCCCAGGUGUCUUACCUGUGCCGAGAAGACAGUAUUGCAUGAUGGGAAGUGCAUUGCUGAAUGCCCCCAUGGGUACUAUGCUGCGGCCACUGGCAGAUGCAAAGCUUGUCACAAUUCAUGUGCCAGCUGCUCUGGACCCACGGGCUCACACUGCACAGCCUGCGUCCAGCCCUGGGCUCUGCGUCAAGGCCACUGCCUGUCCAGCUGUGGAGAGGGCUUCUACCCUGACCACGGGCUCUGCAAAGCCUGUCAUUCCUCUUGCCUCACUUGUCUGGGUCCAGAGCCCGCUCACUGUGUCCGGUGUAAGAAGCCCGGUGAAGGCCUGCAGGUUGAGCAGCUACCUGGCGCGAACAUCACCUCUGGCAAGUGUGUGUCUCAGUGUAGAGGCCAGUUUUACCUGGAGACCACGGGGCUGUGCGAAGCUUGUCACCAGUCCUGUUUCAGGUGUGCUGGGAAAAGCCCACAUAACUGCACAGCCUGCUGGCCUUCCCAAGUGCUGUUGGAUGGCCAGUGUCUCUCCCGGUGCCCAGAUAGUUACUUUAACCAGGAAGGCAGUUGCUCAGAAUGCCACCCCACCUGCAGGCAAUGCCAUGGCCCAUCGGAAUCUGACUGCAGUUCCUGUCACCCUCAUGUCACUCUUGCUGGUGGGAGCUGCAGGACCAGCUGUAAAGAAGAGCAGUUCCUCAACCUGGUGGGGUACUGCACCGACUGCCAUCCUCUGUGCCAGCACUGCACCGCUGACCUCCACCACACAGGCAGUGUCUGCCUGAGCUGCCAGAAUGCCCGGUACCUGCUGCUGGGGGACCACUGUGUUCCUGAUUGCCCUCCUGGAUACUUCGCAGAGAGAGGAGCUUGUAAAAAAUGUCACUCCUCCUGCAGAACCUGCCAGGGCACAGGACCCUUCUCAUGCACCUCGUGUGAUGCCGACCUUGUUCUGUCCCACCUUGGCACCUGCAGCACUGCCUGCUUCCCGGGGCACUAUCUUGAUGACAGCCGUGCUUGUCAGCCAUGCGGAGCGCACUGUGGAAGCUGUGAUUCUCAGGCCGGCUGUACCUCCUGCCGAGACCCAAACAAGGUCCUGCUCUUCGGGGAAUGUCAGUAUGAGAGCUGUGCCCCACAGUACUAUCUGGACUUCUCCACCAGGAUAUGCAGAGAGUGCGACUGGAGUUGCAACGCGUGCAGCGGGCCCCUGCGGACAGACUGCCUGCUGUGCAUGGACGGCUACGUCCUGCAGGACGGGGCCUGCGUGGAGCAGUGCUCGCCGUCCUUCUACAGGGACGUGGGCUUCUGCAAGAGCUGUGGCAACCACUGUCUCCAGUGCCAAGGCCCCCAUGAGUGUACACGCUGUGAAGAGCCGUAUCUCCUGUCGGAAGCCCAGUGUGUUCAGGAAUGCGGGAAGGGGUACUUUGCAGAUCACGCAAAUCGCCAGUGCACAGCCUGUCCUCGGGCAUGCUUGAGGUGUAGCCGCCGGGACCGGUGUCACCAGUGUGAGCAGGGGUUCUUUUUGAAGAGUGGCCUUUGUGUUUCCAGCUGUAUUCCUGGCUUCACCCACUCUAAUGGAACAUGUGCUGGCAAAAUGUCCACUCCUACUCUUCAUGUGAAUGGUUCUCUCACCCUUCCCAUUGGUUCGAUGAAGCCACUGGGUCUUCCCCUUCUGAAUGUCCGAGACCGAGAUGGCCGGCUGGAAGACCUCCAGUUCCGUGUUGUGAGCACGCCCACCAACGGUCAGCUGGUGCUCUCCAGGAAUGGAAAAGAGGUCCAGCUCGACAAGGCCGGCCAUUUUAGCUGGAAGGAUGUGGAUGAGAAAAAAGUGCGUUUUGUGCACAGCAAAGAAAAGCCCAGGAAAGGUUACUUUUCCCUGAAAAUUAGUGACCAGCAGUUCUUCUCUGAGCCACAGCUGAUCAACAUACAAGCGUUUUCAACACAGGCCCCCUAUGUGCUGAGAAACGAGGCCCUCCGUAUUAGCAGAGGAGAGAGAGGGACCAUCACGACGCAGCUGCUUGACAUCCGAGAUGACGACAACCCACAGGACGUCGUGGUCGACGUGCUUGACCCGCCACGUCAUGGCCAAUUGCUCCAAACACUUCAGUCCCCUUCAGCCCCGAUCUACCAGUUCCGGCUGGAUGAGCUCUCCAGGGGCCUCCUCCACUACGCUCACGAUGGCUCGGAGAGCGUGUCCGAUGUUGCAGUCCUGCAGGCCACCGACGGGCAUUCCUUUCAAAAUAUACUGUUCCGUGUGAAGCUGGUGCCCCAGAAUGAUGCAGGCCUUCGGCUUGUGGCUAAUUCAGUGGUGUGGGUUCCAGAAGGCGGAAUGCUACAGAUCACCAACAGAAUCUUACAGGCUGAAGCUCCUGGUGCCAGUGCCUCAGAAAUCAUCUACAAAAUUACCCAGGACCACCCACAGUUUGGAGAGGUGGUCCUGCUGGUUGAUAUGCCUGCGGACAGCCCCGCGGAGGAAGGGCAGCACCUGCCUGAUGGGAGGACAGCAACUCCCACCAGCACCUUCACCCAGCAUGACAUCAACGAAGGCAUCGUGUGGUACAGGCACUCGGGAGUCCCAGCCCAGAGUGACUCCUUCCUCUUCCAGGUGUCCAGUGCCACAGAUGCCCACACACAUCUGGAGAGCCGCACGUUCAACAUUGCGAUCUUACCGCAGACACCCGGGGCGCCUAAACUCUCGCGGGGAGCAUCUCUCCAUAUGACUGCUCGGGAGGAUGCCCUGACUGUGAUUCAGCCUCAUUCCCUCUCCUUCAUAGACUCUGAGAGGCCAAGCGGAAAGAUUAUAUACAACAUCACUGUACCUCUGCAUCCAAAUCAAGGGAUCAUCGAACACAGGGACCAGCCUCACUCUCCCGUCCGGUAUUUCACACAGGAAGACAUCAACCAGGGCAAGAUCAUGUACCGUCCUCCCCCGGCAGCUCCCCACCUCCAGGAGAUCAUGGCCUUCUCCUUCGCUGGUCUCCCAGAAUCAGUGAAAUUUCACUUCACAGUUUCAGAUGGAGCCCACACAAGUCCGGAGAUGGUCCUCACCAUUCAUUUGCUUCCCGCUGACCAGCACCUGCCGGCAUUCCGGGUCACAGCUCCCCUGCUUGAGGUCAGCCCAGGAGGCAGCGCUGCUAUAGGACUUCAGCUGGUAAUAAGAGACACCAAGACUGCUCCUGAGGAACUCCUCUUUGAGCUCCAGAAACCUCCAGAGCAUGGUGUGAUUCUGAAGUACACAGCCGAGCUCCAAGGGCCCAUGGCCACAGGUGACACCUUCACAUAUGGAGAUAUUGAGAAAAAUGUUCUGCAGUACCUACACGACGGCUCCUCUGCCCGGGAGGACAGCAUGGAGAUCUCAGUCACAGAUGGCAUGUCAGCGACAACUGUGGAAGUGAAAGUGGAGGUGUCACUCUCAGAGGACCGGGGGCCUCAGCUGGCUGCUGGUGCCUCUCUGAGCAUCACCGUGGCCAGUAAAAGCACAGCCGUAAUCAGCAGGUCACACCUCGCUUAUGUCGAUGAUUCUUCCCCCGACUCAGAGAUCUGGAUUCAGUUAAGUUCCCUGCCCACGUAUGGUGCUCUCUUAAGAGUGUCCGGACCUGAGGUAGAAGAGCUCUCCGAGGUCUCCAACUUCACAAUGGAAGAUGUCAACAACCAGAAAAUUAGGUACUCCGCUGUGUCUGAGACUGACGGUCUGGUUACUGAUGGCUUCCAUUUCUCUGUCUCCGAUAUGGACCGCAACCGUCUGGACGAUCAGAUGUUUACCAUCAUGAUCACGCCUGUUCAGAAGCCGCCCCCAGUCCUUGCGUUUGCUGACCUCAUCACGGUCGACGAGGGAGGGCGAGCCCCACUCUCCUUCCACCACUUCUUCGCCGCCGACGACCAGGACAGCCUUCGGGGCGACGCCGUCAUUAAGCUGAGCGCUCUGCCCCGAUUCGGCUGCAUCGAGAACGCGGGCACAGGUGAUCGUUUUGGCCCUGGAACUACCAGUGACCCAGAGGCGUCAUUCCCUAUUCAAGAUGUCCUGGAAAACUACAUUUAUUACUUUCAGAGCGUUCAUGAAAGCAUUGAGCCAACGCAUGACGUUUUUAGUUUUUAUGUAAGUGAUGGACACAGUCGCUCAGAAGUCCACAGCAUCAAUAUCACCAUUGAGAGGAAGAACGACGAGCCUCCCAGGAUGACCUUGCGGCCCCUCGGCGUGCAGCUGAGCUCGGGAGUGGUGAUAAGCAAUUCUUCCCUGAGCCUGCAGGACCUGGACACUCCAGAUAAUGAGCUGGUUUUUGUAUUGACAAAAAAGCCUGACCACGGCCAUCUGCUCUGGAGGGAAACUGCUUCUGAGCCUCUGGAAAAUGGAAGGGUUUUAACUCAAGGCUCCUCCUUCACCUACCAGGAUGUGCUGGCCGGGCUGGUCGGGUACAUGCCUGGUGGCCCCGGGGUGGCAGUGGAUGAGUUCCGGUUCUCCCUCACGGAUGGCCUCCACAUGGACACCGGGAGGAUGGAGAUAUACAUAGAGCUGCCUACAAGCGGCUCCCCCAAUGUGGCCGUAAACCGAGGCCUUCAACUCUCAGCAGGGUCUGUAGCACGCAUCACAGAGCAGCAUCUGAGAGUGACAGAUACUGAUUCGGACGACCGCCAGGUGAUGUACAUAAUGAAGGAGGAUCCUGGCGCGGGGAGCCUGCAGAUGGUGAAGAAUGACAACACCGAACAAAUCUCCGUGAGAGGCCCCGUCCGGAGUUUCACCCAGGCCGACAUCAGCCAAGGCCAAGUGGAAUACAGACACAGGAAAGGAGAAUCUGGCGGGAGCUUCACUUUUAAAUUUGAUGUGGUUGAUGGAGAAGGCAACACGCUGAUGGGCCAGUCAUUUUCCAUCAGCGUUUUGGAAGACAAUUCCCCACCAGUCAUCACCACCAACAAAGGGCUGGUCUUGGAUGAGAACUCAGCGGAGAAAAUCACCGCUCUGCAGCUCUCUGCCACUGACCAGGAGAGUAUGCCGACAGACCUGGUCUAUACCAUCACGAGACAGCCCGAGCUGGGCCACCUGGAACAUGCCGCCUCACCAGGUACCCAGAUUCGUUCCUUUACUCAAGCUGACCUGACUUCACGCAACAUUCAGUACGUCCACUCCAGCGACACCGAGAAACACUCCGACGCCUUCACCUUUAUACUCUCCGAUGGCAUUAGUGAGGUGACCCAGACUUUCCAUAUCACCAUACGCCCUGUGGACGAUUCGCUCCCUGUUGUACGGAACCUGGGCCUGCGGGUACAGGAGGGUGUGAGGAAGACCAUCACUGAGUUUGAGCUCAAGGCGGUGGAUGCAGACACAGAGGCCGAGUCUGUCACGUUCAGCCUCGUGCAGCCCCCACAGCACGGCAGCAUCGAGCGGACCACCAACGGGCAGCGCUUCCGGCCCGCGUCCACCUUCACCAUGGAAGACGUCUACCAGAAGCGGGUUAGCUACAGCCACGAUGGCAGCAACUCCCUCAGCGACCGGUUCACCUUCACCGUGGCGGACGGGACAAACCCCUUCUUUAUCGUUGAGGAAGGAGGAAAAGAGGUUAAGACAGCAGCACCUCAGCAUUUCCAAGUAGACAUCCUCCCGGUUGAUGAUGGCACUCCUAGAAUUGUCACCAACCUGGGGCUCCAGUGGCUGGAGUACAUGGAUGGCAAGGCAACCAACUUGAUCACCAAGAAGGAACUGCUGACCAUGGACCCAGACACAGAGGACCAGCAUCUUGUCUAUGAGAUCACAGCGGGCCCCAAACACGGCUACGUGGAGAACAAGCUACAGCCCGACAGAGCUGCUGUCACUUUCACACAGGAGGAUGUGAACUUGGGAUUGAUCCGUUACGUGUUACAUGAGGAGAAGAUCCGUGAGAUGAUGGAUAGUUUUCAGUUUCUGGUGAAAGACAGUAAACCCAAUGUGGUCAGCGACAAUGUCUUCCAUGUUCAGUGGUCCCUCAUCAGCUUUAAAUAUACCAGCUACAAUGUCAGUGAGACAGCGGGAUCUGUCAGCGUCACAGUGCAGAGGAGUGGGAACCUGAACCAGUACGCCAUCGUCCUGUGUCGUACGGAGCAAGGCACUGCCAGCUCCAACUCCAGGGUCGGCUCCCAACGCGGACAGCAGGACUAUGUGGAGUACGCCGGCCAGGUGCAGUUUGAUGAGCGAGAGGACACCAAGUCCUGCACCAUUGUCAUCAAUGAUGAUGACGUGUUUGAGAACGUGGAGAGUUUCACCGUGGAGCUCAGCAUGCCAGCAUAUGCCCUAUUAGGGGAGUUCACCCAGGCGAAGGUCAUUAUUAAUGACACUGAGGACGAGCCCACAUUAGAGUUUGAUAAGAAGACCUACCGGGUCAACGAGAGCGCUGGUUUUCUGUUUGCACCUAUUGAAAGAAAAGGGGACUCAAGCAGCAUCGUUUCUGCGGUUUGCUACACAGUCCCGAAGUCAGCUAUGGGAAGUAGCCUCUAUGCUCUAGAAUCGGGCUCGGAUUUCAAAUCUAGAGGGCUGUCUCCUGACAGCCGCGUGAUAUUCGGGCCUGGUGUCCCCAUGUCCACCUGUGAUGUCAUGCUCAUCGAUGACAGUGAGUAUGAAGAAGAAGAGGAGUUCGAGAUCGUCCUGGCAGAAGCUUCCAACAACGCUCGCAUUGGACGGGUGGCAUCGGCCAAGGUGCUCAUUAGUGGCCCCAACGACGCCUCCACCGUGUCCCUGGGCAACACGGCUUUCACUGUCAGCGAGGAUGCAGGUACAGUGAAGAUUCCAGUUAUCCGUCAUGGAACUGAUCUUUCUACCUUCACUUCUGUCUGGUGUGCAACACGGCCCUCAGACCCAGCGUCUGCCACUCCGGGAGUUGACUAUGUCCCCAGCUCUAGGAAGGUGGAAUUUGGGCCCGGUGUCACAGAGCAGUAUUGCACCUUGAGUAUCUUAGAUGACACUCAGUAUCCAGUAAUUGAAGGGCUGGAGACGUUUGUGGUUUUUCUCAGCUCAGCACAAGGGGCCGAGCUGACCAAGCCCUUCCAAGCUGUCAUUGCAAUUAAUGACACAUUCCAGGAUGUGCCCAGCAUGCAGUUUGCCAAGGAUCUGCUCCUAGUGAAGGAGAAGGAGGGUGUCCUGCACGUGCCCAUCAUUCGGAGCGGAGACCUGAGCUAUGAGUCAUCGGUGAGGUGCUACACCCAGGGCCAUUCAGCCCAGGUCAUGGAGGACUUUGAAGAGAGAAGAAAUGCAGACUCUUCACGGAUUACGUUUCUGAAGGGGGAGAAAAUGAAGAACUGUACUGUCUCUAUCCAUGAUGACUCCGUGUUUGAGCCUGAGGAACAAUUCAGGGUCUACCUUGGCCAUCCUCUUGGAAACCACUGGAGCGGAGCCAGAAUCGGGAAGAAUAACGUGGCCACCGUCACCAUAUCCAAUGAUGAAGACGCCCCUACCAUUGAGUUUGAAGAAGCUGCAUACCAGGUCCGGGAACCGUCGGGGCCAGACGCCAUCGCCCUCCUGAACAUCAAGGUGAUCCGCCGAGGAGAUCAGAACAGGACGUCCAAGAUUCGCUGCAGCACGCGGGACGGGUCUGCCCAGUCUGGGGUGGAUUAUUACCCAAAGAGCAGAGUCUUGAAGUUCAGUCCCGGUGUGGACCAUAUCUUUUUUAAAGUCGAGAUCCUAGCCAAUGAAGACCGGGAAUGGCAUGAAUCUUUCUCCCUAGUCCUUGGCCCAGAUGACCCAGUGGAAGCAGUUCUUGGAGAUGUGACCACUGCCACGGUGACGAUUCUAGACCAGGAGGCAGCGGGCAGUCUCAUAUUGCCAGCACCGCCCAUCGUUGUCACCCUUUCUGACUAUGACCAUGUAGAAGAAGUGAGCAAGGAGGGAGUCAAGAAAUCCCCAUCCCCAGGCUACCCGCUGGUUUGCGUGACCCCCUGUGACUCCCAUUUCCCGAAGUAUGCCAUCAUGAGGGAGCGUUGCAGCGAGGCCGGUGUCAACCAAACACUGGUGCGGUUCAGCUGGGAGGUGGCCGCCCCCACGGACGGCAACGGCGCCCGGUCACCCUUUGAAACCAUCACUGACAACACGCCCUUCACCAGUGUCAACCACAUGGUCCUGGACAGCAUUUACUUCAGCCGGCGGUUCCACGUGCGUUGUGUGGCAAAGGCUGUAGACAAGGUGGGCCACGUGGGCACCCCCUUAAGGAGCAACAUUGUUACCAUUGGAACAGACAGUGCUAUCUGCCACACCCCCGUGGUGGCCGGGACAGCCAGGGGCUUCCAGGCACAGUCCUUCAUCGCCACCUUGAAGUACCUGGACGUCAAGCACAAGGAGCAUCCUAACAGAAUCCACAUCUCCGUGCAGAUCCCACACCAGGACGGAAUGCUGCCGCUCAUCUCCACCAUGCCGCUGCACAACCUGCAUUUCCUGUUGUCCGAGUCCAUCUACAGACACCAGCACGUUUGCUCCAAUCUCGUCAGCACCCGCGACCUGAAAGGCAUCUCAGAGGCCGGGUUCCUGGACGACAGGGUCUAUGACAGCACGGCCCUGGGGCCUGGAUACGACCGCCCCUUCCAAUUUGACCCCAGCGUCCGGGAGCCCAAGACCAUCCAGCUCUACAAACACCUGAACCUCAAGAGUUGCGUCUGGACCUUUGAUGCCUAUUAUGACAUGACCGAGUUAAUUGAUGUCUGCGGGGGGUCUGUCACUGCCGACUUCCAGGUGAGAGACUCCGCUCAGUCCUUCCUGACCGUCCACGUGCCGCUCUAUGUGUCCUACAUCUACGUGACAGCCCCCAGGGGCUGGGCCUCUUUGGAGCACCACACCGAAAUGGAGUUUUCCUUCUUCUACGACACCGUUCUGUGGAGAACAGGAAUCCAGACAGACAGCGUGCUCUCUGCCAGGCUUCAGAUAAUAAGAAUCUACAUUCGAGAGGACGGCCGUCUCGUCAUUGAAUUCAAGACCCAUGCCAAAUUCAGAGGACAGUUUGUGACGGAGCACCACAGCCUGCCGGACGCAAGGUCAUUCAUACUGACUCCGGACCACCUGGGGGGCGUCGAGUUUGAGCUGCAGCUGCUGUGGAGCGCGCAGACGUUCGACUCCCCGUAUCAGCUCUGGAGAGCCACGAGCUCCUACAACAGGAAGGACUACUCAGGGGAGUACACCAUCUACCUGAUCCCGUGCACCGCGCAGCCCACACAGCCGUGGGUUGACCCGGGGGACAAGCCUUUGGCCUGCACCGCACAUGCCCCGGAAAGAUUCCUGAUCCCCAUCGCAUUCCAGCAGACCAACCGCCCUGUACCAGUUGUGUAUUCGCUCAAUACUGAAUUUCAGCUCUGCAAUAAUGAGAAGGUGUUCCUGAUGGACCCCAAUACAUCCGAUAUGUCCCUGGCAGAAAUGGAUUACAAAGGGGCCUUCUCGAAAGGUCAAAUCCUUUAUGGCCGAGUACUUUGGAAUCCAGAGCAAAACCUUAAUUCGGCUUACAAACUCCAGCUGGAGAAGGUCUAUCUUUGUACUGGAAAGGAUGGUCACGUGCCUUUCUUUGACCCCACGGGGACAAUCUACAAUGAAGGGCCACAGUAUGGAUGCAUCCAGCCAAACAAACACCUGAAACACAGGUUUCUCCUGCUGGACCGCAGUCAGCCCGAAGUAACGGAUAAGUACUUCCACGAUGUGCCCUUUGAAGCCCACUUUGCCUCCGAGUUGCCUGAUUUCCAUGAGGUCAGUAGCAUGCCAGGUGUGGAUGGAUUCACUCUGAAGGUCGACGCGCUCUAUAAGGUGGAAGCAGGGCACCAGUGGUACCUGCAGGUGAUCUACAUCAUCGGCCCCGACACUAUCUCAGGGCCCCGGGUGCAGCGCUCUCUCACGGCGCCUCUGAGGCGUGACCGAAGGGACCUGGUGGACCCCAGCGGCCGUCUGACCCUCGACGACUCCCUCAUCUACGACAACGAAGGGGACCAAAUCAAGAACGGCACCAACAUGAAGUCCCUGCAUCUCGACAUGCAGGAGCCGGUGGCGGCUGCUUCUCUGUCCCCGACCGGGGCGUCCAUCGGCAGUGCCCUCGCUGCCAUCAUGCUCCUCCUUCUGGUGCUUUCGGUGGCUUGCUUCCUCACCAGGAAGUGCCAGGAGCAGAGGGAGAAACCGCCCACGGAGGACUUUCUGGAGGAGUACCCUCUGAACACCAAGGUGGACGUGUCCCGGAGGAGCCCGGACAGGCCGGAGAAGAACCUGGGCAGACACUACUGCACGGUGUGGAACGUGCACAGCCGGGGCGCCGCAGAGGGUGCGUCUGCGUUCAAGGGCGCGCAGCUGAAGAAGCUGAAUCUGGAGGUCAGGGUUCACAACAACCUGCAGGACGGCACGGAGGUGUAGCCGAGGAGACGGAUCCCGUGUGUAUUUUUUUCUAAAAUCAUUUUUAUAAAAACGGGGGUCAAAUACUGGUAUUUUUAUAAUCUUGCAGUUGAAAAAGGGAAAUCUAUCGCUUUGAGUGGCGGAAGGCACACAUCACACGCAUCAACUCACAACUGAGCUACCUCACGGGACAAAGAACCACCGAGACCCCAGAGUUCGGGAGCAGAGUUCCUCGGGGAGACCUCGUGCAGGGUGUGGGCGCUGCGGACGGCGCCUUCUGCACGGCUGGG